GCGAGGCCAGCCCCACAAGUCCACAGAAGACCCGGGACUGCUUCCUCAUUCCUAAGGAAGAGGGUGGAAAAGUCCACUCGACUAAAAGGGAUUGAAGUUGUUUCGAGCUCUAAAGGAAGAAGUUCUUGCAUGACGUGGUUUGCCAGGUGAUGUGGAGGGGCUUCAGGAUGUACACUGUGCCCAGGGCCUUGGAAGAGGCCCUUUUUCAGCACUUCAUCUACCAGAAGAUGGAUAUUGCUUAUGCCAUAGACAAGCCAUUUCCCUUUGUCGAAAGCCUCCGAGACAAAGCUUUCAUCACCAACAGAAUGUACAAGGAAUCUCUGGAAGCCUGUAGGAAUUUGGUCCCUGUAUCCAAAGUGGUGCACAAUAUUCUCACCAAACUGGAGAAGACUUUUAGCCUGUCUCUUCUGGUGACACUGUUCAGCGAAAUUAACCUGCACGAAUACCCCAGUCUGGUGAAGAUUUUCAAAAGCUUCAAAAGUGUUAUGGCUUCCUAUGGACAGUGGAGCAGAGCCACACCAACCCUACUCGAAGUCCCAACUGGCCCAGCAGAAGGGUGCUCCCUCCAGACCCUGCCGCUGCUACCCCCACCGCCACCCCCUCCACCCAGCUGUCCGCUCUGUGUGUCCAGAGGCAGUGAGCCUGGAGCAUCCUCGCAGCGAAGCAAUGAGAUCCUGGGCGAACCACCCAGCUCUUCUGACCCUGCCGUGUCUCUCCCUGGACUCAUUCAGGAAGGAAGGAGAACUGCAGUGACCAAUGACAACUUAACAGCAAAAAUGAAUGAGGAAGAAGACUCACACAAGAUGUCCAGCCCUCCCCCUGGCACUGCGCAAGCGUCCAGUGACAACCUGAGCCCCCAAAUAAAAGAUGAAGAAGAUUCUCAGGAGAUGCCCCACGCUCCCCCAGGCCCUACGCCAGUGGUAAGAGAUGAAUCUUUGGAACCAAAUGACCCAAAAGAGCCCCAGGAGGUAUCCAUCACACCUUCAAACAAGAAAGGAAAGAAAAGAAAAAGAAGUAUCUGGGCAACUCCAAAAAAGAGAAAUCAGAAGAAAAGGCUCCCAAGAGGGACAGCCUUACCUGGGCAGGGCACUCAAGAAAAGCUCCAAGUGGUGGAUCAGAUGACUCAAAGGAAGGAUGACUCAACCAGAAACUUGAAGGUAGUGACAAGGACCCAAAAGACAAGAACUGAAUUUGCCCAAACGUCCAGAUCAAAGGACAUCAGUGACAGCACUUCAGAAAUGAAUAAAGGAAAGAAGUCCCAGGAGACGCCUAGCACACCACCAACGGCCACACAAGAGGCAACUUCACCUGGGCAUGGGAUCCAAGAAAAGCUCCCAGUGGUGGGUCAGGCGACUCAAAGGAAGACGGACGACUCAACCUGCAACUCAAAGAUCAUGACAAGGGCCCAAAAGGCAAGAUCAAAGGAGUCACCACUACUCUACUGAGCAUGGGAGACUCAUUUGAUUCUGGCCGACUCAGUAAUGAAAGUAGCACCAAUCCUCAAAGUGGACACAUCUUCAGCAUUAUCCCUUAAUGGUUCAUCUCUAGAAGUGAAGUUGCUUGGUCAUCGAGUCUGCAUAUUUAAAAUUAACACAUAUUGAUUGUGAAAUUGCCAAAAUUAUUGUCAGUUACACUCCCAUUAACAUUGUAUGGGCAUCCUUUUCCCUGCUCCUUCAGCAGCAUUAGAAAUAACAAGAGUGUUCUGUUUGCCAAAUGUAAAGGCAAAGAAUGAUAUUCCACUGGUGUUUUCCUUUGAAUUUCUUUGCACUAUGCAGAUGAUUAAACAUGCCGUGGUUUGUUGUAUUCCUGUUAACCAAUCUUCCAGUGCCCCAUCUCCUCAGAAGGUUACACAGCCCUGCCCUGUGGACUCAGGAGUGCCCAUGUGACUUGACUUAGCCAAAAAAACAUGGACCAAAGUGAGAGGCUCACUUUCAGGCCAAAGCUUUAAGGGCUUACAUAUCUUCUUUCCCUGUGUCCCAAGACCAGCAAUGUUCUAGACAGAGGCUGCCCUGUCCCCAGGAGCCAGGAUUGUUGGUGACAUGGGGCUGAGCUUCAACUAAUGUGUGAACAAGCAGCAUGAGGGAGAAGUAGACCUUUGUUGUUGUAAACCAGAACUUGGCAAACUUUUUCCCGAAAGGGCCAGAAGAUAAAUAGUUUAGGCUUUGCUGGCCAUACAGUCUCUCUCACAAAUACUCAGCUCUGCCUUUGUAUCGUGAAAGCAGCCAGAGACACAACAAAUGGGAAUCAACGUGUUCCAAUAAAACUUUAUUUACAAAAACAGGCAGCAGGCCAAUUUGGCCCUCAGGCCAUACUUUGCUGACAGCUAUAAUAAACUGAUGAGAUUUGGGAAGAUCAUGGAUUACCACAGCAUUAUCUAGCCUAUCUUUACUAAUUUACCUGUUGCUUUAAUAAAUUUGUCAUUAUUAGAAUUUUUUCUUUUGAGGAUCACCUAUUCAUAUUUGCCCAUUUUUAUAUACUACUAGUCAUUCUGUGUUUAAGCAGUUAGGGAAAUAAACCCUUCAUUAUACUUGCUGCCAUUUUUCUCAUUUUGUUUUUGUCAUUUAACUUACUUGAGAAGCUUUUGGUUGUGGAGACAUUUUUUUUAAUACACAAAUCAGUCUAUCUUCAGCAGUAUGGUUUAUGCCAGAGUUUCUCAACACGGCAUUAUUGACAUUUGAGGCUGAAAAAUUCAUUACUACGGAGGCCACACUGUGCCUCCUUGGGUGUUUAGCAGCAUCCCUGGCCCCCACCCAUUAGAGGCCAGGAGCACCUGCCUCCCAAUCUUGCUUCUCAAAUAAAAAAAUUUCCAAACAUUGCCACGUAUCCCCUGGGGGCAGAAUCACCCAGCACCGACGACUGCUUUAUGCUCUGUCCUUUUUCCCUAGAAAGCCCUUUCUGUGUAAUAUUUAUAAUGCUAUAUGUUAUCCCUCUAUCAGCACUUUCACGUUCCAUGGUUUCAGUUACCCAU